AUUGUUAGGUGAAAAUAAGGAUAAAACUCCUUUUUCAGUUCUUUAUAUAUACAAACCGUAACACACUCUGAAACUUCGCACUAAUCAUAUUCCUUCCAAAAACCGAAGCUUUCACUUACAACCGCCGGGAAAAUGCCAGUCGACGAAUCCUUACCGACCGGAAAAACUGUUUGUGUCACCGGAGCCGGUGGAUACAUCGCCUCUUGGAUUGUUAAGUCACUCCUCGAGAGAGGCUACACCGUCAAAGGCACCGUACGAAAUCCAGAUGAUCCAAAGAAUACACAUUUGAGAGAACUUGAAGGAGCCAGGGAGAGACUGAUUCUUUGCAAAGCAGAUCUUCAGGACUACGAGGCUCUUAAAGCGGCGAUUGAUGGUUGUGACGGCGUCUUUCACACGGCUUCUCCGGUUACCGACGAUCCCGAGCAAAUGGUGGAGCCGGCCGUGAACGGAGCCAAGUUCGUUAUAAAUGCAGCGGCUGAAGCCAAGGUAAAGCGCGUGGUCAUCACUUCCUCAAUAGGUGCCGUUUACAUGAACCCGAACCGUGACCCUGAUGCAGUCGUCGAUGAGACGUGUUGGAGUGAUCUCGACUUCUGCAAAAACACCAAGAAUUGGUAUUGUUACGGAAAGAUGGUGGCGGAGCAAGCGGCGUGGGAGACGGCGAAGGAGAAAGGUGUUGACUUGGUGGUGUUGAAUCCGGUUCUGGUCCUUGGACCACCGUUACAGCCAACGAUCAACGCAAGUCUCUUCCACGUCCUCAAGUAUCUAACAGGCUCGGCUAAGACUUACGCUAACUUGACUCAGGCUUAUGUGGAUGUUCGUGAUGUUGCUCUGGCUCAUGUUUUGGUCUACGAGGCACCGUCGGCCUCUGGACGUUAUCUCCUCGCCGAGAGCGCCCUUCACCGCGGCGAAGUUGUUGAGAUUCUGGCUAAGUUAUUCCCGGAGUAUCCUCUUCCGACCAAAUGCAAGGACGAGAAGAACCCUAGAGCCAAACCAUACAAGUUCACAAACCAAAAGAUUAAGGACUUAGGCUUAGAGUUCAUAUCCACCAAGCAAAGCCUGUACGACACAGUUAAGAGCUUGCAAGAGAAAGGUCAUCUUCCUCCUCCUCCUCCUUCGACAUCACAACUGUCCAGCGAAAAUGGCAUCAAGAUCGAGUCUUGAAUAGCUUAGUCCCUGAAGUAUCCCUAGCCAUUGAUAUUGCUUUUGGUUUAGAAAAAGAAAAAUAAACAGAUCUUUGGUUCUUGUCUCUGGUUAUGUGAAAUCUCUGUUUUCAAAAUGUCUUGUCUAGUAAUGAAUCUGUAUACUCAGAUAUUAAGCCUAAUCGUUUUAUGGAUUUUGAUUUUGUAAA